GCAAGCGCAGCAGCAUCCAUCAGCUGGCAGUUCCUCUGGCCGCAAUUAGCUUUGCAGUGUCGUCAAUCCCAUACCGCCAAUUACCAAGAUGCCUCCUCCUCCCCAGCACGGUGGUGCCGUUGGGCCCUCCAACUUUGACAAGUUCAAGAUGGGUGCCAUGAUGGGCGGCACUGUCGGCUGCAUCAUUGGCUUCAUCUUCGGAACCGUCAACAUCUUCAGAUAUGGUGCCGGCCCUAACGGCAUCAUGAGGACAUUGGGCCAGUACAUGCUCGGUUCGGGCGCGACCUUUGGCUUCUUCAUGUCCAUCGGCAGCGUCAUUCGUUCCGACUCCUCGCCCAUCGUCGCCGAGGCCUAUUACCGUGCCCAGAGGAGGCCCAUGAUUAUGGCCGCCCAGGCCUUCCGCCCCGCCUACUACCCGACUCGUCGCUCCGACUAAGCGUCCACGCAGGAGGCACGAUUUGCUGUACUUUAUGUGUAAAUAAUAGGGCCGCACUCGGGAGCGACUAUGGAUACGGCGUCUUGGGCGUUUGUUCAGAAUUCACAGAAAUUCUAAUCAUGCGUGGAUCAG